AAACGAGCGAGCGUGCUGGUGUGACGCGGAUAGGAGCACGCGGGCGGCGGCGUGCACUGUAGAACCCAACCUGCCGACAGAAAAGAAACAGGGACCGUAAAUACUGCGCACGUACACCGGGGAGACACGACUAACUGUAGCGAGGAUGGCGUCACUCAGCCUGGGGCUGCAUGUAGCUCGCAAACGGGGCGCUGCCAGAAGCGGAGCUGUGGAGAGGAGGAAUCUACUGACUGUCUGCAGGUUUUCAGUGAAGACUUUGAUUGACCGCUCCUGUUUAGAGACGAUAGAUGACUCGUCUCCAGAGUUCACCAACUUCGUCUCCAUCCUGGAACAGAUCCUCAGUCACAGACUUAAAGGUCAGACUAUGUGGUUUGGUUAUGAGAGUCCUCGUAGUUUCUGGGACUAUGUGAAGGUAGCCUGCAGUAAAGUCUCUCACAGCUGCAUCCACAGCAUUGAGAGCAUGGAGAACGCACGGUCCUCCAGAGCUAAGGGCCGGGCGUGGAUCAGACUGGUGCUGAUGGAGAAGAGGCUGUCUGAGUACAUCUCCUCCGCCUUGAGGGACUUCAAAACCACCAGGAGAUGGUAUGAGGAUGGGGCCAUCAUGCUAGGUGAGGAGGCGGGGCUGCUAGCAGAUACACUCAUCUGUCUCAACACCAUCGACUUCAGCUUCUGUCUGAAAGGGGAGGGGCUGAAUGGAAGCUGCCCAGCGGUGAUUGACUAUACGCCCUAUCUGAAGUUCAUCCAUAGUGCAGACAGCAUCAGCAGUGAUGAGGAGGAGUUGAGGACCCUGGGGAGCAGCGGCAGCGAGAAGAGCACCCCUGAAAAGAUGGCCGCCAGCACUGCGGCGGCCAUCUUCACUGAGCAGAGCAGCUGGGUCAGCAAGUGUAAACGACUAGAGCAGAAAUACCGCAUGGCACUGGAACAGAAGUGUUAUCUGGAAGAGAUGGUUCGUCUGAGAGAGGCCCAGCUGUCUCAAGCGAUGUCCCAGAACAAAGCUCUUCAGCAGAGAUUAACAGACACACACCUCUCACACACACUGGAGAAGGAACAACUAGAAUACAUCGUACUGGAGCUCCAGGACCAACUGACGGUGCUGAAGAACCAUGACUUGAGGUCCAGACAAGAACUGACCGCACAUCUGACCAAUCAGUGGCCUUCACCCGGUGCCAUGGAUACCAAUGCUGUUGCCUUGGACACCAUGCUGUACAGGAAUAGGGUGGGGCAGUGGGAGGAGAAGAGUUUCCAGAGCCUAGAGCAGAUGUCUGCUGCUAUGAGUCUGUCCCAGACCUCUCUGGAGCCCUUACACACACUCAACCUGGACACCAGACCAGCCAGCUCACACUGGCACCAUCACGGGAAGGAGGACACCCCCUCUCUGAUAGGUCUGUGUGGGUCUCUGCAGUCAGUAGCCAGCUAUAAGUCUCUGGCCAGCCUGAAGUCCAGUGAGUGUCUGGCCAGCCCCACCACAGAGAUAACCAGUCCUGGCCUCACCCCGUCCUAAAACCAGAGACCAAGAGACCCAGCACAUGGCCUGGAGAAAGAUAGCCAGAUGAUUUGGAUCCUGGAAUCUGGAAUUGGAACUCAGACUUUUGAAUAACAUUCCACCCCAUCCCCUCCUAAACCCAGAUAUCUAACCUCGUUCCCAGGCUCAAUUGAUAGAUUACCAGAGAUACAACACAGGGCGUAGAAUCAGACAACUGUGUGCAUAGAGAUGUAUUGAUUUAUUUAUUGGAAUUUCUAUGAGUAUACCACCUGGAAUCUGGAUCCAGGAACUCAGAGUUGAAGAAGGAACACAGAGCUCAAAACCUGGGAGCCGCAGUCAAUCAUUUGGAAUUUAGAACCCGAACUGACCCUGGAACCAGCGCUUCAGUAGUCAGUCCUUCAAUGUAAGCGCAGAGCCGUUGGAAAAAACAGGACUGUAUGAUCAGGACCCGACCUCAUGUUUAUUUAUUAGUUUGUUGUAUAGCUGCACUGAUAGGAAAACAACUGCAUAGUUGAAAGCCAGUUCCGGGUAGGCAUCUGCCAUACUGCUGUCACCUAUCUUAUGUGUUCAGAUCAGUGCAGACCAAGGUGAAGAGACGAGAACGCCACUUUAUACUAUUGGGAUGCAGCCUUUUUGUUGUCACUAAAGUGGAGGUCUUUCCCUUGGCCAGCAGGGGGAGUGUUCUAUCACAAGAUGGCUAGAACCACAAAUGGUUCUGUGUUUUAGUUAGAAGGAUCUUUGACCUCUGACCUCUAAUAAAACGUUAUGGACCCCUCAUGAUGUAAACAUGUUCAGCAUCCCAGAGAUUGACAAAACUUGAGGAAUUGCUUUCUUUAGGAUUUGUUUAGGUAGGGGUAAGAUUUUAGGUAGGGGUAAGGAGUGUUGCGGGUAUAAGGUUAGGGUUUGUUGUUUCUCAUAGGUGGUUAAAGCCUGUAGACUAGUGGUUCUGUUCAUUCCUCAUCAACUUGCAGGUGUUCUUGUCCUGUUACCCUGGCAACUCCAGUGAGCUCUACUAUAGAUGGCCAUAGUGGGUCAGAUUCAGCGGCCACAGAAAUACAUCUCAUAGAAUGGACAUAUUUAGGUAUUGCAUUCCUGCCAGAGGACUGGACUGUCGUCAUCCUCACUAUUUAUAAGUGUUGUGUAGUCACUCAAUCACGCUUCCAUGUUGGAAGGGCCUCAAAAUAUCUAGAGGAGAACCGUGUUCCUUCUAUGUCUUCUGUUUCUACGGUCCAUCCUCUGUGGUACCUGACUUGCAGCCAUAAUCAUACUAUUGAUGGCAUUGAAUGUAUCUCAUCCACAAUCCGUUUGGAUUUAACCAUACAGUAUUAUGUGUUAUGUUAUCAUUAUGCAUCAUAAAGGGUUUAUUGUGUUCUCAGGAAAUGUUUCCUGUCCAACAGGGUUAUGUUGAACAGGUUGUUUAGGUUGAACAGGUUGGUUAGGUUGAACAUAAUAGUCUGUAUUGGGGUUGAAUGUUUUGAGAUUUAUUUUGAUCAGAGGCAUGUGGGGAGAGUUUUCAGGGUGUGUUCUGGAUCUCUGUCUCACUCACACACACCCACACACACACAAUUAACUGUAUUGUGAUUUUGCACAUAGAUUUAUUACUUUGCUGCAUAUUUGUUAUUUUCUCCAUUUUGAAUAAACUACUGUAGGAAACAAUAUA